CCUGUACUUUCCCCCUCAUUCGCUCGUCACCCUUCCUCUCUCCCCACCCUUAUCUACUUCCUCAAUUUCUUUUCCCCCCUUUCCACACUUACAUCCUCCUUUAAUACUAAUAAUACCAAUAAUAGCAUAUGUAUUUAAUAUAGCCUGCGUGCUCCAGAAGCCUGUAAAUGUAGAUAUAGAGAUAAAAUGUUAGAAUGAUAAAAUACUAACAAUCCAAGUAACAAUUCAAUUUAUCGGGAGCAUGUGAAUGUUAAAAAAUAAGUUUUUGAAUGUGUUUUUCCCCCAACUAUUUCAACAUGUCUGUUAACGAAUUGGGCAAAAUCUGUUGACUUUAAAGUUUUGGGAAUUGUUUUUGUUUUCAAACAGUCCUUACGUUGUCCCUGAGGAACUUUCUACUUUCUUUAUCCCUUUCAAGAAAUUUUGAGUGAAAUGACAUUUGAAGUUUCUAUGGUUCUACUGGUAAGUGGUCUGGAGCUCUACUCUCCUCCUGAAAGUGUUGAAAGAAUUUACCAACAGUUUCCACGGCUCAGACAGACAGCUGAAAAAUUGGCUAAUAAACCCCCUAAAUGUGUCGAACCCACUGGAGUUAUGUACGUUAGACAAAAGCAGUGGGGAGUUACAUACCCAGAAGAUAAACUAGACAAUGGAGACAAGGUUAUUUGUUGUGGAACUGAGGAUGUCCUGACCUGUCAUGUUAUCAUAAUAAGGGACCCUUAUACCGGAGUAUCAUCAAUAGCUCAUUUUGACGAGUUCUCAAAGCAAAGUUCCUUUGAAAAAAUGGUUGAAUCUUUUCUGGAGAAAAUACGAGAAAGACAGGAGGGAGAUUGGGAAUACUGGGAGGAGGGGGCUGAAGGCGAUUGGGAGUAUUGGGAGUCUGAUGAUGAGAACUAUGAGGAAGAAUCAGUGGAUCCAGUGAAAAAAGAGUCAGAUGCAGUUUAUGAGCUUUAUAUUGUGGGAGGUUAUAAUGAUGAUGCAGGGAAAGCAAAAAAGAUUUCUCGCCGAUUUUUUAAGCAUUUACAUGAUCUUAAAGUAAGGCUAAACCUUGUUGUUUGUUGUCUCUGGGAGCCAAACACUAGAAGAUAUAAGGACGGCCCUGCUCAACCCAAAAUAUCUGGUUUAUGUUUGGAUGUUAACACUGGUAUUAUAGAAUCCGCUGUAUUCAACAGAACGUUCACCGAUUUCUCGGAUGGAAUCAGGGAUCUUCUUCUGUGUUUUCCUCCUCUUAUCAAGAAUAAAUCGACUCUGAAACAAAUGAUCGCUAGACAAGAAGAUCGUGGAUACGGAAAAGCACAGGUAUUGUGCGUGUAAAAGCAGAAACUUUAACUUGGUUUCUAGUUCGUUUUUAAAAUUCAAAUUGUUGAAAAAGAAAUUAAUAAAAUUUGAAAAUGUG